AUUAAUUAAAUUUAAAUGAUUUUUUGGAUAAUUUAAUUAAUUGUGAUUGUUUUGAUUUUUUUUCAAUUUUUCAGAUUCGUUUUUGGUUCGAAAGGAAAGCUGAACAAGCCAACGUGACAAGUUGAACAAGCCAACAUACGAGAAAUUGCACAAAAUUCGUGGUUCACUUCGCCCAAUUUAUAUCAAUUUUUUAUCACAUUGAUUUUUCCGAUAAAAAAUGUGUGAUCCACAACCAAUUUCUUCUGGAACUAAUGCGGAAAAUGAUCAAUUGAAUGAUUCUUCCGGAAGUGAUGAAUCCGUACCCGAGUCUUGUGAGACUAUUUAUUUGAAUACAACUGAACCCGUUCCUUUCAACGAAUUUGUUCAAACAUUAUCGGGAUACAGUGAUCAAAUCGAACUCACACCAAUUAUUAUUCGUGGCGGCAAUUCGUUUAUACAAGGCGCAUUCCACUUAAAAAUGCCAAGAUCUAUUGCGACCCAAUUAUUUGGACCUGUUAACGGCCGUCGAUUGCAGCCAUUCUCUGCAUAUCCCAUUUACAUUAACAACAAUGUGCCAAUUGCACCAUUGGAAAGACCAAAUUCUGUUGGAGCUGGAGACGGUAAUUCAAGCCAUGAACCAAAUACAUCGCCGAGUGAUUGUCGAAGCUACAGCUCUAGCGUUGAUUAAUAAGUAUGAAAUUAACUUUUAUAAGUUUCACAUGAAAAAUAUUUCCCUGGGAUUAAAAUUAUGAAAGAUCGGAACAAUUAGAAAACAAAACACCGUACUAAAUUAAAAAAAUAAAAAUUGUUAUCAACUCCAUAUAUUUUGCAAAAAUUCCGUGUUUUCAAAGAUACUCCUAGAAUUUUUACUUUUUGAUCAAAUGAGUUGGUGGCUUCAUUUUUAAUGCAUAUACACUGGAUGAACAAAUUUUUUUUCUCGAAUUGAU